AUUGGUUGUUAACGAGCUGACGUCAUCAUUACGGGACCAGCCACAGCGUUGGUUCUAACAGAGUUUGGAAACCUAUUUUCAUUCUGAAAUACUCCUUGAAAACAGUCCUAAUGGCCACAGAGGGUGUGGAAACAACAAGUGAAGAUGUCCCAGUACCUGGGAAGGUCAGCACCAGGUAUGAUCUGGAGAAGGAGACUGAACUCAGGUUUGAGGUGGAGGCAGGGGAAGCAGUGGAGCAAGUUGAACUGGAGCUCCUUACUGGAAUGGCUGAGGUGUUUGGUUCAGAGCUGAACCGCAACAAGAAAUACACAUUUGGAGCAGGCUCCAAGAUCGCAGUUUUCACAUGGCAAGGCUGCAGUGUGAAUCUUUACGGGAAGCCAGAGGUGGCUUAUGUGUCCAAAGAUACUCCCAUGCUGCUCUACUUGAACACACAUGCUGCCCUGGAACAGAUGAGAAAACAAGCAGAGCGGGACAAUGAGAGGGGUCCAAGAGUUAUGGUGGUGGGACCUACGGAUGUGGGGAAGUCAACAGUUUGCCGGCUUCUGUUAAGCUAUGCUGUUAGGGUGGGCCGGCGGCCGACACUGGUGGAACUGGAUGUUGGACAGAGUGGGGUGUCAGUUCCUGGGACAAUGUCGGCACUGUGCAUUGAGCGCCCAGCAGACGUGGAGGAGGGUUUCUCAGUCCAGGCUCCUUUGGUCUACCACUUUGGCUCUACUACCCCAGGGACAAACAUCAAACUUUACAAUAAGCUGACGUCAUGCCUGGCCGAGGUGUUUUCCCAGCGCUGUGAGGUGAACAGGAAGGCCAGUGUGGGAGGCUGCAUUAUCAACACCUGCGGGUGGGUGAAGGGCUCUGGAUACCAGGCUCUGGUCCAUUGUGCCUCUGCCUUCGAGGUGGAUGUGGUGCUGGUGCUGGACCAUGAGAGGCUCUACAAUGAGCUCAAACGAGACCUACCUCACUUUGUACGGGUGGUACUCCUCCCUAAGUCCGGAGGGGUGGUGGAGCGCUCCAAGGAGUGCAGACGGGAUACUCGCGAUGAGAAGAUCCGCGAGUAUUUCUACGGCUUUAGGGGUGUGACGUUUUACCCCUUCUCCUAUGAAGUGCGUUUCUCAGAUGUCCGCAUCUACAAGAUCGGAGCACCAUCCAUCCCGGAUUCAUGUUUGCCCCUGGGAAUGUCUCAAGACGACACACAGCUAAAGCUGGUGCCUGUGACUCCAGGGAGAGACCUUACGUAUCAUGUGCUGAGCGUGAGCAGUGCGGAGGACGGAGAGGAAGGUGCUAGAAAGGGUAUAGUAGAGAGCCCUGUGUGUGGCUUUAUUGUGGUGACUAAUGUGGACACACAAACACAGGUGAUGAAGGUGCUGUCCCCGGCACCCAGACCCCUGCCCAGACACACUCUGCUUAUCAUGGACAUCCGCUUCAUGGACAUGAAAUAAAUUUGCACUUUAGGGAAGAGGACUCAGUGGGAAUUUCUUUUGAAUAUAAUAUUGUUUUCUACUUGUUUCUACGUGCUUUGUAAAGACUACAGAGGGCAAAAGUGUAAGAUUUAAGUAGCUGCUGUAAAUUGUACCCCAUUUUAUAAAACAAACAUUUUAUUUGUGGAUAGGGGUUGUUUUUAUUAUCGCAGGAAACUGUUUCUUUGGUAAUCUGUUUUUGAACAUUUUUUGUUUGUUGAAUAAUAAAUGUUUUAAAUGUAAAAAAAGUUUGUGUUUUGUUUCAAUGACGUUUAGU